AUGGCUGCUUCCGGUCCACUCACAAGGUUAUACCGCCACGCGGUCUCCUCAGAGGGGCUCAGUUCCAGGUGUAAUCUGCGAGCGGCUUGGCAGACUUUAACACCUCUAACUAAACACGAUGCUACUCACUUACCCCGUGAUUCAUCUUCAUACGAUAACAAAACAAUUAAAAACAAAAAGAUGUACACUUCUGAAGAUACAGUAGAAAUAAAAGGCGAACGUGUGCUUAAAUCUGAGACAGGAUUUAUUGAGAAUUGUAAUGACCAAAUACCCAGAAGCGAACAGUCUAAAUUUAAAAAAAGUGGACGUUCGUUAGACAUGCAAGUCUUAUCCCAAUGUGAUAAAUGUAAGUUUAAAACUAAGCAUAAACCAAACGUGGAAGUGCAUCAGAUAAAAAAAACCCUUUCGGAAGCAGGCAAGUCCAAGUGUGAUACCUGCGGUUUUGAAACCAAACAUAAAAGUAGUCUGAAGACGUAUCAGUUAACGCAUAAAGACUCUUCAAAGAUUCGAAUGUACAAAUGUGAUAGGUGUACCUAUGAAUCUAAAUACAAGGGACAUCUAAAUGUUCAUCUGUUAAUGCACAAAGAUCCUUCGGAAAUCCAAAUUGAUUCAUCUUCAUACGAUAACAAAACAAUUAAAAACAAAAAGAUGUACACUUCUGAAGAUACAGUAGAAAUAAAAGGCGAACGUGUGCUUAAAUCUGAGACAGGAUUUAUUGAGAAUUGUAAUGACCAAAUACCCAGAAGCGAACAGUCUAAAUUUAAAAAAAGUGGACGUUCGUUAGACAUGCAAGUCUUAUCCCAAUGUGAUAAAUGUAAGUUUAAAACUAAGCAUAAACCAAACGUGGAAGUGCAUCAGAUAAAAAAAACCCUUUCGGAAGCAGGCAAGUCCAAGUGUGAUACCUGCGGUUUUGAAACCAAACAUAAAAGUAGUCUGAAGACGUAUCAGUUAACGCAUAAAGACUCUUCAAAGAUUCGAAUGUACAAAUGUGAUAGGUGUACCUAUGAAUCUAAAUACAAGGGACAUCUAAAUGUUCAUCUGUUAAUGCACAAAGAUCCUUCGGAAAUCCAAAUGUACAAGUGUGACACAUGCAGUUAUGAAACUAAAUAUAAUAGUCACCUGAAGAGUCACCAGAAGAGGCACCGGAUGCACAAAGAUUCCUUAGAAAUCCAAAGGUGGAAGUGUAACAUGUGCAGUCUUGUAACCAGGCAUAAGAAUUAUCUAAAAACACAUCAGUUGGUGCACAAAGAUCCUUCGGAAAUCCAAAUGUACAAGUGUGACACAUGCAGUUUUGAAACUAAAUAUAAGAGUUGCCUGAAGAGUCACCUGAAGAGGCACCGGAUACACAAAGAUUCCUCGAAAAUCCAAUGGUGGAAGUGUAACAUGUGCAGUUUUUUAACCAGCGUGUACUANUGCCCGGUGCCCAACUCAAAGCAGGCGGACGGGAAACUAAUCGGUGACGUCACAGCCUCUGAAAUUCGCGUCCACGACAGUCCAUACAAAUUUUCCCCAGAGGGUCCCGCUGCGGAGAUACGGGCCCCUAAAGAACGCCCCUGA